AAUAAUCUACAGUAUUAUUAUUAAUUAAGCUGUAUAGCUUUCCACACACACACAUCAAUGGCCUCCUCGAGCAAUAAGAACACCAGUUCUCCAGUAGAGAAGUACCCAUACCCGACGGAGUUUAUUGUUCUGGACUUCGUCCCCAAAUUGUCAUCUGAAGGAAAAUACGACGAUUGGAAGUUAUUGAUGCGGGACUUCAUUGGCAGUCAAGGUUUGAUUGGUUUCAUCGAUGGCACGCCUGCUGCGAAGAAAAGCAACGAAGAUGAUUAUAUGGCUUGGAAAAGAUCAGACAAUCUAGUACGACGAUGGAUACUGGAAACCCUCCGCGAAGAUACCCGCCUACGAGUCCUGAGCUCAGAAACUGCUAAAGAUUUGUGGACGGAAUUGGAGGAAAUAUUUGAUGCGACCAGAUCAUUAUUUCACCUCGACGAAGAUACGGAGAGUAGACAAGGACGUUAUCUAGCCUUGCACAAAGCAGCAAUCAACGGGGAUUGGGACAAAGCCAAGGGAAUCAUAGAAGACGACCCAGAUGCUGUAACGACUCCCAUCACUCCUUUCCUCCAAACCGCGCUUCAUCUCGCCGUCACGUCGGCAUCGGCGGGGAGAAAUCGUUUCGUGAGGGAGCUUCUGGAGAAGAUGACACUAGAGGAUGUUGUGGAUCUAGUUGACGACCAGAGAGGCACGGCCCUUCACUACGCUGCAGAUGUUAACAACAUAGAAGGAGCCAAAUUGUUAGUCAGCAAAAACCCGGAUCUUCCUGACGUUGUGGACCACUAUGGAUAUACACCUCUCCAUUGGGCUGCCAAUUUUAGGAAUCGAGAGAUGGUUCUUUACUUAAAGGAUGUCACUGGAGAAAACACUCUAUUGGCGAAUGACAACAGGGCUGCUUCACUUCUGUUUUUUCUUACCCGUGGUGAAAUUUAUGACAUAGCUUUAGCUUGGCUUAAACGAAAACCUGAGAUGGCAUGCGUGGAAGUCCCUGAUUAUGGUACUCUUUUUGACAUACUUGUCGAAAAGCAUACUUCAUUCCCGAGUGGAAAUAGUUUCAACUGGUGGCAAAGUUUAAUCUAUUCGGGAGUUCCAGUAAAAUUAGAAGGCAUUGCAACCCACCAUAACGACAGAGGAGGAAGAGGAGACAUUGAGAAUCCGGCCAAUUGUUGCAUCUCUGUGUGGCAAAGAUUGCAUUUUAUGAUUUGGGAAGUUGCUGAAAAACUUGUGCCACAUGUCAAACAGAUCCGGAAAAAAAAAGAGAUACAACAUCAUGCACUGGAGCUUGUCAAAUUCCUCUGCAUGGAAGUCGCAAAAUCAAAACUCUCAGAGGUGGAAAAGAUAUUUAAGCCAGCAUUGCGUAAAGCAGCAUGUGUAGGGAUACCUGAAAUUGUUGAAGAGAUUAUAGUGUCAUACCCUUUGGCAUUGUUUUUCCUGAAUCUAGACCACCUAAAUCUCUUUAUAUAUGCUAUUAUGUAUCGUCGUGAACGUGUGUUCAACCUCAUAUAUCAAAUUGAUGGGAGUUGGAGAUAUAUAUAUGGAGUGGACAAUUCGUUGAACAACGGUCUACAUUUGGCUGCACGUUUGAGACCUGAGCAACAAAUCAAUCUCAAAGCUAGUGUUGCGGGUGCAGUUCUGCAGAUGCAACGAGAAGUGCAAUGGUUUAAGGAAGUGGAAAGAUUUGCAGCACCUGGUGACAGAGAAACAAGGAAUAGAGAUGGAAUGACACCUGCAGAGAUAUUUUCUCACACACACCAAAGUUUGGUAAAGGAGGGUGAGCUAUGGAUGAAAGAUACAGCCACGGCAUGCACCAUAGUCGCUGCCCUGAUUGCCACUGUGGUUUUUGCAGCUGCCAUUACAGUACCGGGUGGAAACAACAAUGAUAACGGCCAUCCGUUACUUUCGAAACAAAAAGCCUUCAUUAUUUUUGGCAUAUCUGACGCACUGGCUCUAUUCUCAUCCAUCACUUCUGUGUUAAUGUUCUUGCUUAUCCUGACUUCUCGUUACGCGGAGCAAGAUUUCCUAUAUACCUUACCCAAUAGGUUAAUUACGGGUCUCAUAACCCUAUUUGUCUCCAUCUUAUCCACGAUGGUGGCCUUUGGUGCUAUAUUAUAUCUCGUGUUUGGAGAUAAUAAGCCAUGGAUUCUUAUUCCUGUUGUUGCAUUGGCUAGUGUUCCUGUCACCUUGUUCGGAGCUUUGCAGUUUCCUCUCCUUGUAGAGAUGAUCCAAUCCACAUAUGGUCGAGGCAUUUUUGGUAAGCAAAGUGAUCGUGUGCUCCGAUAAGUUAAAUAUCAAAAUUGGGAGAAUUGGGAGUAUUGCAAACGUACUUGAGGGUAUUUGACCGAUGUUAUUUCAUUAUAUAUGAGCUGCUUUUGUUGAAAAGUCAACUUAAUUAGGAUUGAGUGAGAUAAGUUUCAUAGGGCAAAUGGACGUACAGUUGGAAGAA